CCCGACGCUUCCGGCUCUCCGUGCCUUUCUUCCUCCUCUCGCGCAGGCGCAGCAGAUUCCUUCCACCCGUUCCUUCGGGCGGCCAGACGAAUCGAGGAGGGAGGGAGGAUGGCCUCCGACGGCCACCCGCCGGAGCCGGGGAAGGAGGAGGUCGCCACCACCGCCUCCGGGCCUGGGGCCCGCGAUCUAGAUGAUCCGCAGUUCAUGUGCUGCGUCUGCCUGGAUAUUCUGUACAAACCAGUUGUUAUUUCAUGUGGCCAUAUGUCAUGUUUCUGGUGUGUCCACAAAGCUAUGCAUAUCUUCCAGGAAUCCCAUUGUGCUGUGUGUAGGCAGCCCUUUAAACAUUUUCCAAGUAUCUGCCAGCUCAUGCAUCACUUGCUUCGAAAGCUUGAUCCUGCAGAUUACAAAAGAAGGGAAGAAGAAGUACUAGAGGAAGAGAAGCGUAUAGAAAUGUACUCUCCCCAAAUUAUCGAGUUUUUAAACUCAAAGAACAAUGUUGGAAAUGAUGCGGACAACAGAAAUGAAGACAGUAAAACUAGGCCUCCACAAGAAGUUUCCUUGAAUGGCAGCGUUGUGGAUGAUCAUUCAAAGAAAAUUAAGUUGGAGGAUGUUUCAUGCCCUCUAUGCAAGGAGAUGCUGUAUCAACCUGCUGUUCUUAAUUGUGGUCAUGUGUAUUGUGUAUCCUGUUUGCCCUCCUUAACUGAGGAAGCACUCAAAUGCGAUGUUUGCGGAAGUCUUCACCCUGGAUGUUUUCCUAAUGUUUGCCUGGACCUUGAUCAUUUCCUGGAAGAAUAUUUUCCAGCGGAAUAUGAAUCGAGAGGGCAAAAAGUUCAGUCUAAGAAGGGUCAAUGCAAUCGUGAAGGAUCAUCUUCAGGUACUUCAAGUGCAAAAGGAAGCAGCAGGGCACAACAUGAUGAUGACCUAUUAAAUAUUCACAUUGGAGUUGGGUGCGACUCAUGUGGGGAAUAUCCGAUACAUGGUAAGAGGUACAAAUGCAAGGACUGCACCGAGUUAAUUGGCUUUGACCUUUGCGGAGCGUGCUACGAAUCCAGUUUAAAGCUCCCAGGACGCUUCAAUCAGCAGCAUACCCCUGACCACAGAAUGGAACUCGACAAUUCAGCACUCUUGGGAAGGGUCCACCAGGACCUGCUGAUGAUGGAAGGAGGGGUCAUUGCCCCUGGGGCGAUGGUGCAGAUAGUCUUCGAGAACCAAGGAAUGGGGGACAAUGGUGAAGGUCCGGGAGAGGCGGCCAUCCAAGAACCGGUUGAUGUUCCUGGUGCGAUGCUGCAUAUAGCCGUCGAUGGUCAAGAGAUGGAGGACAACGGCCAGGAGGACGAUCAGGAGGCCUAGACGCAGAGCAGUUGCGGUGAAAGCUGCUUCUGAGCGUGAAGCCUUUGUUUUUUUUUCUUUGCGAAUGUGAAGCCUCCGUUUUAUGUUGCUGGGGGCAGGCUGCAUGUAUGUAAUGUGAAAUGGAGGGAUGGCACAAGCUCAACAAUUUCCUGGCUCUCGGGUUACUGCCAUCGAAUGGCCAUAUGAUUUUAUUUUUACUUUUUGCCCCACACCUUCUGUAAAUCCGUGCGAGUCUUUGUUUCAAAGGAAACUGGAAUAAGGAUAUGCAUAACUACAUUGGUAAA